AUGUGUCAGAAGCAUCACCCAGGACUUGUGUUCCUUUCUGAGACGAAGAACAGGAGGCUGAUGUUGCAAAACAUUCAGACCGACUUAGGUUUUGACCAUUUGUUUACUGUUGAGCCACUUGGACUCAGCGGAGGACACACUGAGAAAGAAGGAGGGAGACAACGUCCGGAUAGUUCGUUUCUGCCUUUUAAGCAGAUGCUGAAUGAUUGUGGGAUGCUAGAGUUCCCUUUCACUGGGAACAUGCUCUCCUGGGUGGGGAAGCGAGCAGGAGGACAAACUGUGCGAUGUCGCCUCGAUAGGGCAGUAGGAAAUGCAGACUGGCAUGAGAAGUUUCCCCACUCGAAUGUGAAAUAUAUGAGGCUAUGGGGAUCGGAUCAUCGUCCGAUUCUUGCAAACAUACUCAUUAAACCGAUGAGGAGAUCAAGAAAUUUCAAAUUUGAUAAAAGAUGGUUGGAUAAUGAGGAGCUAAGGCAAGUUAUUCUUGAGGGAUGGAAAUCUCCUGAUCUCCCUCCCAGUGCGACUAUUAUGGAACAUAUUUCGAGCUGCAGGAAAGCCUUAAGCGAGUGGAGAAGACAACAUAAUGUUAAUUCGGCGAAAUUAGUGGAGGAGUUGAAAGAAAAAGUGGAGGGUCUAUAUGCAGAUGACAACGCCACAACUGCGGAAAUUGCAGCAGCUUUGAAAGAACUCUCUGAUGCUCUUAAGGCGGAAGAACUGUUCUGGAAACAGAAAAGUCGAGUGUUUUGGCUGCGAGAAGGUGACAGGAAUACUAAAUUUUUCCACGCCCUAACAAAGCAAAGAAGAGGGAGGAACAAGAUAACGCAGCUUCUAGACGCGAAUGGAAAUAUAGUUGAGGAUGACGAAGGACUGGUAGCCAUUGCUACCAGCUAUUUUAGACAGAUUUUUGAGUCUUCAAUCCCGGAGGAGAUCGAAGAGGCUCUAGCACAAGUCCCUACGACUAUUACCGGGGAGAUGAAUGAUAACCUUACAGGACCGGUCUCCGAAUGGGAGGUCAAAUUAGCUCUUUUUGCUAUGCACCCAGAAAAGGCCCCAGGACCAGAUGGUUUGACUGCACUUUUCUACCAGAAAUUUUGGGAUAUUGUAAAGGACGAUUUAACUCUUAUGGUUAAUGAAUUUCUUUUUGAGGGGACAGUGGCGAAUGGACUGAAUGACACGAAUAUAUGUCUCAUCCCAAAGACAACGAAGCCGAAUGAGAUGACUCAAUUUAGACCAAUCAGCUUGUGCAAUGUCAGUUACAAGAUAAUCUCUAAGGUCUUAUGCCAGAGAUUAAAAAAAGUGCUACCAGGCUUGAUUUCAGAAACUCAGUCUGCUUUUGUUGCUGGAAGGCAGAUUUCAGAUAACAUUAUGAUUGCACAAGAAAUGUUCCACGCUCUGCGAACUAAACCAAGUGGUCGUAGCAAGAGGAUGGCCAUUAAGACAGACAUGAGUAAAGCAUAUGAUAGGAUGGAAUGGUCGUUUAUUGAAGCUGUUAUGCGUAAGAUGGGCUUCUCGGAAACCUGGAUUAUCUGGAUAAUGCGUUGCAUUACGUCGGUGAAAUACAAGCGGAUUAACGCAACGAUUAGACAAGAGAUUAAAGAUUCACUUGGAAUACAAAAUGAAGGAGGAAUGGGAACCUACUUAGGUAUCCCGGAAGACAUAAGUGGUUCAAAAUGUAGACUUUUUGCUUUUCUCAAGGAGAAGUUGAUGCACAGAGUGAAUGGAUGGACAGGAAGAUGGCUGUCGAAAGGAGGGAAGGAAGUGUUGAUUAAGUCAAUUCUACUAUCUCUUCCGACCUACGUUAUGUCUACUUUCCUGCUCCCAUUGGAGAUAUGUGAAAAUUUAGCAAGUGCUAUCGCUAAAUUCUGGUGGAGUUCAAAUCCGCCAAAAAGAGGGAUACACUGGGCGAAAUGGGAAAAGGUCUGCCGAUCAAGAGAAGAGGGAGGAAUUGGGUUUCGGUUGAUCCACGAAUUCAAUUUGGCUCUACUGGCAAAGCAGCUAUGGAGGCUAGUUCAAUUCCCAGACUCUCUGGUAGCCCGGGUCUUGAGGGGAAGAUACUAUAGAUUGAGUUCUCCACUAAGAGUAGAAUCUGCCAACAGUCCAUCAUAUGUGUGGACUAGUAUCUCUGCUGCAAGGAAGCUGUUACUACUGGGAAUACGACAUAAAGUACAUUCAGGUUAUGGAGUUAAGGUGUGGGAGGAUCCGUGGAUUCCAACGACGCCGGCGAGACCAGCGGUCCCUGUAGCGCCAGUUAUGCACCCUAAUAUGCGUGUUAGUGAUUUCGUUAAUCAGGUUACAAAGGAGUGGGAUGUUCAUCUACUGGAACAAUAUGUCAAUCUUGAUGACAUACCGCUCAUAAGGAGUCUGGCCAUAAGCUCGACUCAUCGUCGUGAUACUUUCUGCUGGAACUACACGAAGAAUGGCCAAUACACGGUAAAAUCUGGAUACUGGGUGGCUCAGAAUCUCUUAAAGACAGUGGAGGAACAUGAAAUUCUGGAGCCGGGCAUCACUAAGCUCCAAGCCUUUGCUUGGAAGCUAAAGGCGCCGCAAAAAAUAUGCCAUCUUAUAUGGCAAUUGGUAACGGGUCAUGUAGCAGUAACAAGGAACCUAGCAAGGCGCAAUAUGAGGUGUGAUAACUAUUGCCCUAGGUGUGGUGAGCCAGAAGAAUCUGUAACCCAUGCCAUAUUCGAAUGUCCGCCAGCGCUGCAAGUUUGGUCCUUAUCAUCGACUCCUACAUGUCCAGAUAUUUUUCCGGUAUCAAGCGUGUAUACAAAUAUGGAUUAUCUAUUCUGGAGGAAGAACAGUAUUAUCGCGCCAGAAUUAGAUAGAGAUCCUUAUCCCUGGAUUAUCUGGUAUAUCUGGAAGGCUAGGAAUGAAAAACUAUUCAGGGGGAUUGAUAGAGAUCCUUUGGAGAUAGUUCGACAUGCAGAAAGCGAAUGUCAUGCCUGGUUUGAUGCGAACGAUGUGGUGCAAACAGUGGCACAAGAGAGUGAUAAUAUGGAUCUUGGACAUCAUCAGCUCGCUUUAGCGGAUGUGGCUGGGCUUGGAUGGACAGUAGGGGAAGCACGCAACUUAUGGGGACAAAGAAUAUCUGUCGACGAGAAUCAGCUUUGCACUCGGAGGUAG